CGUAUGCAUCGUGAGUAAAGCGGAGAUUACGUUUGCGUAUUUCUAUAAACAUAUAACGUAACGUUAGAGCGCGCGUCUAACUAGCAGUGAAUUUUUUGCAAACAAGUAACAAGUUAACGCUGUGGCACCUUUUGUAACAUUUGUCGCUCAUUAGCGUCAGUUGAGAGUUCAAAAACUCGUUAAAAAGUUCGACACUUGACAUGUUAAAUAUGCGCAAUAAAUAAAAUAAAAUAGCAAGCAGCCAACAUAAUUAAUUGACGAACGCUGUACUGACAGCUACGCCUGUCUACUGUCUGUGUAUUUGUGCCUGUGUGUCUGUGUCUGUGUGUUAAACAAAAAUCAAAAUUAAUUGCACUUCAAGCAUAUUUAAAUACGCUGAAGAGUUUCGACCAGCCUUGCGGUUUCAAUUGUGAGUAAAUAGCAAUAAAAAUAAUAAUAAUAAUAACAACUACUGUUACUCUCAUCAGCCACGCAUCGCAGUUGUUGCUGCUCUUGUUGUUAUUGUUGUUGUGCGCGCAAUUUCCGGUUUCCGUUUCCGCCGAGCGACAGUCCGCGUCCGCAAAUAAUAAAAAAAAACACACAACAGAUACGCCCAAAACUGCUCCUGUCCACAAUUAAUUUGUCCCAGCCAGCAAUUGCAAAAAUAUUUUAUGUGUUAAAUAACCAAAGUUGAGAAAUUAAUUAAAAGUCAAGCGCGCAGCAAGCAAAACUUAAAAAGUUAACUCUUAACAAAAAGUGUUGCCAAGCUGAAGCUUUUGGCUCCUCCUCGAAUAGUAAAUAAAUUCAGCAAAGUGGAAGCGCGCGGAGAAAAUCAUUUUCAGCAGUUACAUGUGGCAAUUGGUGGCGGCGCUUUGAGCAGCAGAACUACAAACAACAAUAAAAUUUUGAGAAGUGAUGAAGUCAUGAGACCGCAAUUCGAUCGACGCCUCUGGAUAUUAUUGUUCAUUAUUUCAAUACAAUGUACCACCAAUACACAAGCACAGAAUAUCAAUGCCAAGUCGCAAUUAAAAACCACGCCCGCCGAGCACGCAGCCAACAAAUGGCGCAGCAUAUCAGAUCAGCAGACGCAGCAGUCGCAGCAGCUGCGCAGCCACGACGAGUUCAUUGCGGCUGCACACAGUCUGCAGUCGGCAGUUGACCAUAGCCACAAUAGCAAAGCCUCGAAAUGUGCCAAGAACUGCGCCAAGGCCAAACAAAAGGUGGCGAAGUGGAAGGCGCAGCUGAAGUCGCAUCAUGUGCAUCAGGCGCAUCGAGCGGCGGCACACAAGGAGGCCAAGCGGCGCUUGCGGCGCGAAACUGUCGAGGAGCAGGAGGAGAUGGAGCAGGAGCAGCGCUCGACUAGCUCGACUGGCUCAAGCUCAACCACAGUGGCCACAAGCGCUGCGGUUGCGGCCUAUGCGAACAAAUCGCUGCCCGGACUGGUGGUGACCACAGUGAAGGCGAAGCGUGCGCGCUCUACGGUUCAUUUGGCGCCCGAGGAUAUGAAGCCGAAGCCAAAGGAGCCAGUCAUAAUAAUAGACGAUGUGGAGGAGUUUGACAGCGGCACCUCCACACGCGAUUUGUUUGCCAAGAGUCGCGAGGGCGAGGACUCAAUGGACGAGGAGGGGCCGCUGGAGCCGCGUGUGCUGCCGCUGCGACCAGUGCCGCCCAAUCCGUACGAGGACGAGGAAAUGUCCGUUGUCUAUGCCGAGCAGCACUCGGAGAUAAGACUAAUGUGCGAGGUGGAUCUGGACAUUUCAUCCAGCAUGUGGUACAAGAACGGUCAGGUGGUGCAUGCCAUGGACCGCACAUCGCGCAUCACCGACUAUCGCUUCAUCAAGGAAGCUAAUGGCGCGCUAACCAUCACCAAUGUGAUGCUCGAGGACGACGGCAAAUGGCAGUGCGAGGCGGAGAAUACGCGACGCUAUACGGAAAAUGCUCGACCCGUCAAGUUGGUCGUCCUUGAUCGUCCCAAGCCACCAUAUUUGCUCAUCGAUUCACGUCGCUUGGAUGCUGGCAACAUCUUUGUGCCCGUCAAGGAGAACUCCGAGCUGAACUUGGCCUGUGUCAGCGAGGGCGGCAAUCCACGCCCCACACUCACCUGGGAGGUGUUGCUCAGUCCCGGCGUAGAUCGUCAUGCCCAGAAGGUAUCGGCUGAGGUGCUUGAGCUGGAGGAGAUCAAGAACGAGAAGGAUAAAAAUGGCUAUAAAAUCAACAGUGGUGCCAAAAGCGAUGCACGCCUGCCCGCCGUCUAUAGAGCUCAUCACAAUGCCCGAAUUCUAUGCGUGAUGGAGCAUCCAACGCUCAAGAUUCGCCAGAAUGCUUCGCUGCUGCUCGAUGUGCAAUACACUCCCUCGUUCGCCAUCUCGCGCACACCUGGCUUUGGUUAUCCGCUGCGCGAGGGCAUUGAAGUUAGCCUCAAGUGCGACGUCGACUCGAAUCCGCCGAGCACGCCGCGCUGGCAGAAGGACGAUGGUGACACGCCGGUGCCACAAACGGGCGACGGCUUCCUCAACUUUACAUCGAUUAGACGCGAACAUAGCGGCUGGUAUAAGUGCACCUCACGUCAUCUGAACUUUCAAUACUCGUCGAUUGGCUAUUACCUCAGUGUGCGCUAUGACUCGGUGGAUGUUACUUCGGAGCCCGAUGAUCAGGACGUUUCGGUGGCGGCGGCAUCGCACAAUCCCAACAAGGGUCAGCUGGAGGUGCAGCUGGGUGGUGCGGUCACUCUGCAAUGUCCGCAAGGCUCUUUGGGCUGCUGGUCGCACUUGGAUCCCGUUUCGGCUAGACUGCGUGGCCUUGGCUAUGGCAGUUCACAGCCCACAGGACAAUUCUCAUUAAAGGAUGUGAUGUACCAGGAUGCAGGCACCUACAAGUGCGUGGGCCAAUCUCUAGCCAACAAGAAGAAGCUCGAAGUGCUGCAAAGCGUCAUCGUCUCAGUCAAAGGUGCACCCACUGUGGUUGCCUUGAAUGCCACGCCCGUAGCCUAUCCGGGCUCGCCACUGCAUCUCAACGUGGAAUUCUGCGCCAAUCCGCCGGCGCAUGCGGCGCGCUGGCUGCACGGCGAUCGAGUCUUUACGCCGGGCAAUCAAUACGGCAGCACAGUGCUCGCCUAUUCGGUCAAGGAUCUGCCCACGCCGUAUUGCAAGGAGGCGCGACUCACUUAUGUGAGCAUGCAUGAGCGUGUGCCACGCACUUUCUACUUCAUAGUUUCAACACCAGGUGGCGUCGCUGAGGCUGUCUUCAAUGUCAACUUUACGAAGCGGCAUCGCCAAAUGUCCAAUGCCAUCGACGAUGAUGAGGAGGAGGAGCUCAAUCGACCCGAGCAAAUUCAUUUUCCAGUCUUUAGCAACAAUACGGCGUCGAGUGCGGAAUGUUUUCAACUGGCGCUGGUACUAACUUUAGUACUAGGCGCUGCACUAAUGUUACAAAGCCACUAAGUUUAAGUUCAAGAGUGCGCGUAUGUGUGUGAAAGAGAGAGAGAUAGACAGCGAGUCUGCUAGUAUGAGUGAGUGCGUGUGUGAAUGAAAAAAAAGAAAACUUUGCUAUUGUACUACCCGAGACUAUAUCUAAGUACUAUAUAUCCAUACUAUAUAUGUAUUAACUAUGCCCUACUACGACUACUAACUAUGACUAAACCUAUAUACUUAUAUUGAAUGUGUAUUUGUAAUCGAAGCAAACAAAUUAUGCCCCCCCCCCCUAACUAUCCCACUAGACACGCCCCUGGCCCUGCCCCCCCACAUCACACCACACAAACCUUUCAAUGCAUAACUAAUACUACAUAUUAUAUCUAUAUUUGUGUCAGUGUGUGUGUAAGUGUGUAGACUGUAGCAGCGCUUAAACUUAAAUGCCAAAUAAACAAAAAAAAAAAAGAAACACAAAACUUUGUUAAAUGUUGAAACAUAUAUUUAUAUUAAGCAAAGAUAUUCGCGUACUUUAAGUUCCUUUCAAGAAACAACAAAUUAAUAAUUAACAAUGAAAACUUUGCAAAGUGACUGAUUUUUGUUAAAUAAUUUGAAACAAAUUUAGUGUUAGUCAUCAAGAGUAUAAGAUUAUACUUUAAUGUAAAUGAAAGUAACUUAACAGGCACGAACAAAUUCCUUCCAUUUGAAUUUUUGCGCAUAACGAAACAAAAAUUUGUGUAAAUUUAU